AUGCAGCUGGAUGACUCCCGUAGCUCGCUUCAAUACCGCAUUUUCAUUAUCUUCCAGAUCACUGUCAUCCCGGCGCUUAUUCUAGCACAGGUGGAACCGAGAUAUGAUAUAGUGUGUAUGAUCUUCUAUCGCGAAUCAGCAUCGAAGACUUAUAAGCAGUUCCCGUUUGCUCUGUCAAUGGUUCUUGCGGAGAUUCCAUACAACAUCCUCUGUUCAGUAAUAUUCUUCCUCCCAAUCUAUUAUAUUCCAGGGCUACAAUCAUCCAGCGAGCGUGCAGGAUAUCAGUUCCUCAUGGUUCUGAUUGCUGAGAUGUUCGCCGUGACAGGUGGGCAGAUGAUCGCGGCAUUAACCCUUAGCGCAUUCAUCGCGGCCCAGCUGAACCCACCCUUCCAUAUCAUUCUCGCUCUGUUCUGUGGCGUUGCCAUUCCCAAGCCUCAAAUUCCACGCUUCUGGCGUGUUUGA